CCACCUAAUUUUUUUGAACACCUUUGCCUGGCGGGGGCUGACUUUUUAUUUGGUCCUUUGAAGUGCGAAAUUGUCUAAAUUACAGGAGUCGACCACCACACCCAAACCGCAAGAUCUAGUCGAUUGGUCUCUAGUUGUCUUCGUCGACGAAAAAAAAAAAAAAUCCUGCCUAUUUACCUAAUCCCUACUUUGACAAAGUCGGAAACGUUUAUCCUCCAGGUUGGCGCAUACCUGAAGCCUGCCGUCCCUGCCUGCCCACGUACCACCAGCUUCCCGCAGCGACCCGCGGCUCUGACAUGGGGAACGGCACACCAUCAGCGCUCCUCUCACUUUUCAGUGUCAUGCUGGUCUGGCCUCACAUUUCCACCAAGAGUGUCUCGUCCAAACUGCAAACCGUAGCCAGCACCUCUCUAUCUGCAGAGCAGGAGGUGGAGCGCCCUCGUGUGGGAAGACUGAUGACACAGCGCUGCGACGCCGCCUUAGAUAACUUCUGCCUCAACAAUGGACAGUGCAUGCUGCUGGUAGACACCAAUGAGCAUCACUGCAAGUGUGAAAGUGGUUACUAUGGUCCCAGGUGUGCCCACAUGCAGCUGGUCUUCCAGCCAAUGGGAGAGGAGCAGCUGAUUCUCACCAUCGUCUGUGUGAGUCUGCUGAUUAUAGGGUUGGCCGGAGCCCUCUACUUCUGCUGCAAAUGGUAUAAGAGGAACAGAUUUCCACGUCAGCAGAAGCGAACGGGGUACCGGGGAGUGCAGAGUGCAUAGUGUGUGUGAGUCACACACCGCCAUCUCAGCUCCUGCGAAGAGGGUGAACCAGCAUUUCCCCGUUUUUCCCGCAUCAAAUUCUCAGAAUAUGACUUCACGCGAUGAGUAGAUGGCUUAUCUAAGGACCAUAUCAGUGUUUUGCAUGUUCGUUCUAGCCCAUUUAUUACACGGCUCGCAUGCCUUACAUUUCUGCCAAACAUUUUGCAAAGAAUAUCAUAGUUAUUUAGAUGUUUAAAUGUUUU